AACCAAACUAAAUACAUAUAAUGUUAAAUAAUAGUAAUUAUAAACUAAGUGAUCCUUUUAACUAUUUUAGUUAUUCAGAGUAUGCAUCAAAAGAUAGUUUAUCAUUUUGGGAUGAAGCAUCAAAAAAAUUUGAAGUUCAUUGGGAUAAACCAUAUGAUAAAGUCUUAGAUUAUAAUAGUGAAACUAAAAAAACUGAAUGGUUCAAAGGGGGUCUUAUUAAUGCAUGCUAUAAUGCAUUGGAUAAACAUAUUAAAAAUGGGAAAAAGGAUGAAAUUGCAUUUGUUCACGAGAUUCCAAUUAAAGAUAUCAAGAUAACAGUGUCUUACCAACAACUCUAUGAUAAAGUUUGCAUAUUUUCAAGAGCACUUAAGAAUUUAGGUGUUAAAAAGGGUGAUGUGGUAUUGAUUUAUAUGCACAGUUCCAUCGAGACCAUUACUGCAAUGCUAUCAUGUGCAAGAAUUGGUGCAAUUCACUGUGUAAUGUAUAGUGGUGCCUUGUCAGAUAAUUUAAAAACAGUCAUCAAUGAUUGUAAUCCAUCCGUUAUUGUUUCAUCAAAUUUUGGCUAUUUUGUUAAUGAAACACCCACCUACUUUUUACCAAUUCUUAGAGAAGCUUUGUCAGGGUCUCCCGGUAAAACACCUCAUGUAAUAGUUUUAAAUAGAAAAGGUAUUCCUAAUGUUGACUAUAAUGAUCCAAAUCUAUCAAACACCAUUAUAGAAGGGUGUUUGGAUUGGGAGGAGCUUGUAAAAGAUUUAGAACCAUUGAGAGAACAUGAGCCAGUAGAAUCUCAACAUCCAUUAUAUUUAAUUUAUUCGAGUGGUACCACAAAUAAACCCAAAGGAAUUGUAAGGGAAACCGGAGGUUAUGUAGUCGCCAUGAACUAUGCAAAUAGGAUGCACUGUCGAAUGAAUGAUGGUGAUUCCAUGUAUUCUGCCGCCAGUUUUGGUUGGAUAAGCAGCCAUUCCUUUUUAAUUUAUGGAAUGCUAUUUAUUGGAGCUAGAUCAGCAUUUCAUGAAGGUCCAUACAAAAGCUACCCAAAUGACUUAUGGGAUAUUAUUUCAAGAAACAAAGCCAAUUUAUUUUUACUAUCACCAACUCAAAUAAAAAGAAUAAGAAAAAUAGACCCAAAGGCUGAAUUGGCUUCCAAGUAUGACUUGUCAAACGUCAGAUAUGUAAUAGUGGGUAGCGAAAGGGUAGAGCAAUCUAUAAUUGAUUAUUUAUAUCAAAUUAUAAAGAAACCAAUUUUGAACGAAUAUUGGCAAACUGAAAUUGGUUGGCAAAUGAUUCACAAUCCAUUAAACCAAUUUCCACUAAGAGGAGAUUCAAUUGGUAAAGUUGCUGCAGGUUUUCAAGUUAGAAUCGUUACCCAUUCUCAAGAUAAUCCAUCUAAUGUAUUAGAGCUAGGACCUAAUGAGAUUGGCGAGAUUGUAAUUAAAUUACCAGUACCUCCAGGUGUAACAACUUCGUUAUUUGGUGAUAAUAAAGAGCAAUCACUUUAUAAACACCACUACUUGAAUAAAUUCGAAGGUUAUUAUUCAACUGGUGAUUUGGGUUACUACGAUAAUGAUGGAUACUUUUUUUUUAUUUCAAGAGAUGGUGAUUCAAUUACAUGUGGAAACUCAAGUAUAAACUGUAGUGUUAUGGAGUUGGAAAUAUUAAACAAUCCCCAAAUUAGUGAAUGUUGUAUUAUUGGUAUUAAAGAUGAACUCUUAUCGGAAACUCCAAUGGUGUUGUUAGUAUUAAAUAAUAAUAACCAAGAUGAGGCUCAAAUUGAAAAUAUUAAAAAGAAAGCUUCAUUAACAUUGCAGAAUAUUAUGCAUACCAAUACAAUUUUAAGACCAAUUGUACUAUGUGUAAAUAGCUUACCAAGAAACAGAAAUGGAAAGGUAUUAAAGCCAUUGGUUAAAUCAAUUUUUAAUGGUGAAAACUAUACAGCCCCAUCAACAAUUGAAGACUCUAGUGUUAUAGAUGACUUAUUAGAACAAUACAAAAGAUUAAAUCAAUCAAAUUAAAAAUAAACUAUUUUUUAAAAUAAAUUUUC